GAAGUCCGGCCAUGGCGCUGCAUGGAUAUAGGCCGGAUUGUUGGAACCUCCGGACGCGCUGGAGGCAAAUGUCUGGGGAGGGACCCAGUAUCACCGCUAUCCUCAACUACGACGGGGGAGAUGAAAUCGAUCUGAAAAUUGAUGUAGACGGGGCGAAGGAGGGGGAAAUGAGAACUAAUUCUAAGCUGCAGGAGGCGAUCACGGAGGCAAGGGAUCGCGCGGAAAGGCGUUGCAGGAGGGAUGGAGUUACCGCGAGGAUGCGAGUGACAAUGGCGUAUCAUGAGGCGGAGACUUCCAUCGACACGAUAGACCGGGAACAGGCACAUUUGGACAGGGACUCAGGAGGAGAGAGCGAAAUGAGUGAGGGAGGAGACCGAGAAACCGAUCUCAAGUCCUGGAACAGGCCGGACCAGGUUCGCAAGAACCACCCUCCGGUGCGACCUGCGGAAGGCGGGCCCGAGGCCAGCUCGCGACAGCAGAGGCCAGAGGCCGCGGGACAGUUGAGAUGAGGGGCAAGGGGGAGAGACACGUGUGAGAGAGAGAGUCUUCGAGAGCAGCAGAGGAGCACAAAGGGCGGACGUCAACUUUGACUUCCGCUCGCAGGAGUACACCACAGGAGAGGGACGACACGGAGGAGAGAGAGACACUAUGGUUAACRCGUGUAGGUGCGAAUCACGUGCGAUCUGGCGGAUGAUGCCCUACCGGUAGAAGGGACGUAAGCGCGUGUGGUGUUGCUGACGUCACCUUCACUUCCGUUGGAACGAYKAGACCGUCACCCUUGCGCGGCUCAGGCGGCUAUCAUAGGAGGCAUCACCCUUGCAAGAGUUGCGGCCGACGUGGACAGUUCGGGAUGAGCUUGACCCGA